AUGAUGCACAUCGCAGAUAGUUGUCCAGAUCCUCUACAAGAGCCUCUCGUCACUUCUGGGUCUCCUCCGCCGCAUGACUCUCCGCAUACUACUGCCCUAGCGUUAGACCAGGCUCUCAAACAGCUUAGGGAUCACAAGGAGGAGGGUGGAAACUUGAAACACAACCAGUGGCUGCACACAAAGGAUCGACAGCGUCUGCGUAUGUUGCAGCAGGACUGUGUGUCCCUCCAGACCCUGCUUGCAACGCUGUCCAACAAGUUGGGCCAAAAAUUGUGGGCUCGACGGACUGCAAAUCAAACAAGUUGCACGGCUCCUCACGAGUCUCCGAACCUGCAAUGCGACUCUCGUGCAGACAAAUCACACAACACAGCCAGUCACGCCAUGCAGGUAUCUGCCGAUAUUAUGAAACAAAUGAGGGGCCUGAACACGGCCAAACAGCCGUCUGGCUGUAAGAGCCUACCACGCAAGAGACAUAAGAGCUACCUCCAUGAUUCUGGCGACUCUGAUCUCAGCGACGACCCCAUGGAGCUGUGGAUCGACUCUGAUUCGGAUGCCUGCUUCUCGCACUCCCACCCGCAUAAUCCGAAGCUGGCUUCAGUAGAAGCAGCUGUCUCAGAUACCCUCUCCCCUAUUAGAGCAGAUGUACCGUCACGAAGACAUGGCAGCCCAAGGUUGGGCCACUCAAGUGACGUCUACAGCGCGCCCCAGAAGUCGCUGUGGAAUGAGCUAGAGCAACCCGAGUGGAAUGAGAAUGUGGAAAAACCAGUGGGCCUCCCUGACAGUUCACCCGUGCCGAGUUAG